AAAAAAAAUGGCUUCUUCUCUUAAAUAUUCCAUGUUCCUAGUUAUCCUAUUUGGUUUUUUCCUAGUUAUAAGUGAUGCAAGUUUUUUUAGACCACACGAAGCACACGUUCAAAUAUCCAACGACAUAGGCCAUGGGAUUGAACUCAUUGUUCAUUGCAAGUCAGGGGAUGAUGAUCUUGGAGAACAAAAGCUUCAAUACCAAGGUACUUGGGGAUUCAGAUUUCGACCUAAUAUUUGGGGCACAACACUAUUUUUUUGUUCUUUUAAAUGGCAAGACCAAUUCCUUUACUUCAAUGUUUUCGAUUGGAAUAGAGAUUUCAAGGACUAUUUUGAGUUUUUGUACUCUAUAGUGCCAACUAACCCUUGCAAGUACAAUGUCGGUACCAAUAAGUAUGAUAUAUGUUAUGAAUGGAACAAGUAGGAUGUGGUGCAAAGGUUGAGAAUAUUUGGGCAUAUUCAUUUGUUGUUGAUUUUCAAAAAAUUCAAUUGUUGUUGAGAAUAAAAUUAAUAAAUUAUG